AUGGCUACUAUAUUAGAUCCUCGAUUUAAAAAAGUCCACUUCGAAGAUCCAUUAACUGUUUAUCCUGCUAUAAAACGGAUCAACUCAAAGCUUAAAGCUUUUAAGUCAGAGACGCCUGAACAUAUACCUGAACCUCAAACAAAAAUAUCGGAUAGUAUAUGGGAUUUCCACGACUCCUUAGAAGUAGAUCAAAAAUCUAUUUCUAAUGCAGAUUCUAAUAUAUCAAAGGAUCUGGAACUUGAGCAGUACCUACAAUUAAAAAGGAUUUCGAGAAAAGACGACAUAUUUAUGUACUGGAAGAGAGUAGAAACAACUUUUCCCUCGCUUAGCAAACUAGCUAUAAAACAAUUGUCAGUAAUCGCAACGUCCGUUCCAUCUGAACGUUUGUUUUCAAAAGCAGGACUCAUCAAGCGCGAUAAUCGCAACAGAUUAACUGAUUCUAUAAAUAGAAAUGGCAAUCAGGCGUUCUAAAUUACAAUAAAUAAACUACAAUUGCAUAUAAAAAAUAUGGUACAUAAAAAUGAGAUAGAUGUAUACACUAUAAAGUUCUUAAAAAGGAUUAUAUAAUGUAUAUUUAUAUAUUGUCCAGUACAAUUAUUCAAUAAAAACCUCUUUUAAUUAUAA